CUUUGGACGUAGUCAUAAGACUUUGAUCGGAAGAAGUGACCAACAAAAUGAAUUCCGAAAUGUUGCACGUUUCGACCGUGAGGUCUUCUUUUCAAACGUUCUCAUUGAUAGAUUAUUCUGUAUUUGUCCUAAUGUUGAUAGUGUGUGGUGGUAUCGGUGUUUACUUUGGUUUUGUGAAGAAGAAUAGGUCCACUCAAGAUUAUUUAAUGGGUGGGAGAAAUAUGGAGUUGGUACCUGUGUGUUUUUCUUUAGUAGCUAGUUUCAUUUCAGGUAUUUCUCUAUUGGGCAUUCCCACCGAGAUGUAUGUGUUCGGCACAUCUUUUGUUUUCAUGCUCAUCGGUGCUCUCAUGAUGUCCAUUAUAAUCGUCAACACCUUCAUACCAGUGUUCCAUGAACUACAACUGACUUCGGCUUAUGAGUACUUGGAGCUAAGGUAUGAUAAAAGGUUGAGAAUUUUUGGGUCUGUAAUAUUUAGUGUUUAUUUGUUAGCUUGGCUUCCAAUAGUAAUUUAUGUUCCAGCACUGGCAUUUAAUCAAGUUACAGGUGUAAACAUACAUGUUGUAUCUCCGAUUGUUUGUCUAGUGUGUAUCUUUUAUACUUGUGUGGGAGGUCUAAAAGCAGUUGUCUGGACUGAUGUUAUCCAAACGAUGGUGAUGGUAGGAGCCAUGAUUCUAGUCAUCGUGAAAGGGACCAUAAAUAUUGGUGGAUUUGGUGAAGUUAUCAGAAGGAAUUGGGAAACAGGCAGGAUAGAGGCACCACCGUUCAAUUUUGAUUUCACAGAAAGGCAUUCUAUUUGGUCUGUCACGAUUGGAGCUACAUUUUAUUGGAUUGGGAACAUUGCGGUCAACCAGUCAAUGAUGCAGAGAUUCCUUUCUUUAGCAGACUUAAAGUCAUCAAAGCGAGCUGUUUGGGGUUUCCUGGGUGGAAUAACAAUCAUAGUAUUCAUCUGUGGAUUCAGUGGUCUCCUUGCGUAUGCACGAUACAGUGGAUGCGAUCCUUUAGACUCCAAACUAGCUUUGGCGAAGGACCAAAUAUUGCCGUUGUUGGUCAUGGACAUUCUGUCCAAGUGGAAGGGGGUACCGGGAGUUUUUGUUGCUGGUGUCUUUAGUGCUGCUUUGAGUUCUUUAUCGACUGGACUAAAUUCAAUGGCAGCGGUUGUGUUAGAAGAUUUUUGGAAACCAUUUUUCAAGUCCCUCAGUCACAAGCAAACGCAAAUUUUGGUGCGAGCCGUCGUCGUUAUACUGGGAUGCAUCUGUGUGGGUUUGGUGUUCGUGGUGGAAAUGCUUGGUUCGGUAUUGCAAUUGGCAAUGAGUUUAUCAUCGGCGUCAAUGGGACCGUUGGCUGGAGUAUUUCUGAUGGGACUCUUUCUUCCAUUCAUAGAUAGUUUGAGUGCGUUAUGUGGUGGAGUUAUUGGCUUAAUAUCAGCAUGGUGGAUCGCCACGCAGUCGCAGCUUGCCCAAACUAGAGGUCUAAUAACGUUUAAGGAAAAGGAAAGAUUUACUUUCAACUGUACUUACGCUUUUGAUACUGUUUCAGCUAAUGAAAUUGAUGAGAAUAGUUCUUUGCCGUCCCUAUACCGAUUGUCCUACUUAUGGCUUACAGCGUUUGGGUGCUUGUUAACCACCAUAAUAGCGUGUUUGAUCAGCCUGAGAACAACAAAAAAACCGACAUUGGAUACUCGACUCUACGCACCUGUAAUACGGUCUUGGUUAGAAAAGAAUAAAGUAAAACCAGACAUACAUCUUAAGAGUAUUCCAAGCUAGUAUUUAUUAGUAUUAGAAUGAGAUGCUGCAAUUGUAAGUUUCUAGUAAUAAAUGAUGAUUUGUGAGCG